ACGCUUUCAACUCGCGGCUAAACGGCUUCAAAAACUUCGGCCGAUGCACAGCGAUUGAAAGUCAGGCCGGUAUCGCUCGGCGGAGUUUUAAUAACUAUGCCUCCUUCUCGUCAACGUGUCCGUCGUUCUGCACACCUCAAAACCAACCCUCUAGUGCGCUGCUCGAUGGCGAUGGGUGAUGAAACUUCAAACUCUCGAGGAUCGCUCAAAGCGCCUCCAGAGCAAUCCGCACCCCGCCUAACUAUUCAGUGGCAGAGCGACCACGCUCUCACUGAUCUACUUGUUACUUAUCUUACUAUGCACCCCGCUGACUGCAGGAUUCUAUUCUACUCUGAUGGGAAGAAAGUGAUGUCUACUGCUGAUGACGGUCCCUCAGGCUCGGACAAAGGACAGAUUUACGGUACCCUGGCCAAACUAAUCUUCACAAAUCACCCCAAGUACGGUUACGCAUACUCUGUCAAUGCAAAAAAAUUCUGCGAUGCAGUCUGCAACUGCAUCAGAAUUCUCAGGGGUAAAUACAAGAAAAUCAAGGCAUCUUUUGACAGCACAGGCGCUGGUGUGAUACCAGCUGAGGGCACGCAAAUGAGAAACUUAUUGGAUGCAGCACUGGCAGAGCUCCCAUGGUACACGGAAUUAGAUGCCAUUUGGCAUGCUAAUCCGUCCAUGGCCAUGAAAACCUACUCAUCAAAACCCGGCGUCGAUCACACUGGCACCUUAUAUUCCCUGAUUCAAUCAUGUGGUGGGGGUGGUCCCCCCAUGCAGUUUGAUGCGCCCCCAGAUGCACAGCAUGUAUAUCCUGGCGCCAACACUCAGCCACCUCCUCAUGCAUAUCCCGAGCACAACACCUAUCCUUCCAGCACUCUGCCCCCGCAUUACGGCCAACAAUACUAUCCAAGGUAUCUGCUAGCAACGCCGUAUGCUGGGGGUUCACAUGGUGAUCCCUUGAUCGAUCCGGCACUGCAACAACCCGCACCUGCUCCCGCACAUGCUCCCGCUCCCGCUCCCGCACCCACUCCUGCUCCUGCUCCCCCCUUACCCGCCCACCCCCCCUCUACAAUAUGA